AUGAGCUGUGUGGCUGCGACAAACACCGGAACAUGGAUGCAGCGCCGCGCGGCGUCAUUGCGGUCGGAGAAGCCGUGCACUACGCUUGCCGACAAGAUUGUGCGUGGGCCGCCAAAGUCGGUGUUCUACACGCACCCUAGCUACGUGAUGUCCCGUGAUAAGAUGCUUCAUACGAUCUGGGUGGACAUUGGCAUCUUUCACACGUGCGCGUAUGUGCUGUUCCCCUUUUUUUUCGUUGCCUACUUUUUCAAGGCGUGA